GAGCCGCACGACCAAGCCCCCCUUAAUCAUUAAUCUGCGCGUUGUUUCCGGGGUUAUCAAAAGUGAAAGUCCAAGAAAAUCUCUGGAUAAGAGCGCAUGGUGUCGGCGGUCGUUGUUUUACCACCAUUGUUCCGAAUUGACCUAAAAUCUUCUUAGUAUUUUUUUUUAAUAUUUCUUAAUUGUUGCGUUCAAAACCGAAAGCCAACAAGGAGCAGCGUUUGAGGAUUUUUCCCCCCUGGAGUUACAGCAGCACGAUGGGCGCACUGAUGAUGUGUACGUGCCUUGUGGCCGCUCUUGGUGCACCUUUGUGUGCUGCCGCCCCAGUUUCAGGUAGCCUUGAGGUCUUGGUCAGGACCCCUGUCUCCGUGCGACGAGGCCACACCAUCACGUUACCGUGCUGGUACAAUCCGCCACAAGGUGCGGAUGGUUUGGAGAUCUCUUGGUAUCGCGGUAACUUCGACUCCCCCGUCAUGUCUUACCGGGGUAAGAGGUUUGAUAAUGCAUCCCAGGAUGCUUCGUAUGUGGGCCGAGUCUCGUUUGGCUUGAAGGAUGCGGCGUCUGCUGGGCCGACGGAGGGCGACGUGAGCCUGAAGCUGGAAAAAGCCACGGUUAAAGACGCUGGAGAUUACAUUUGUUACGUCAGCAACGAGCGCGGUUAUGACAGGGCAACUGUCAGUCUCACUGUGACGGAGGUGGGAACCUCCCCGAUCCUGUCAGCCGCGUGGGAGGAAGAUAACAUGUUGAAUGUGAGCUGUGAGUCAGAAGGCUGGUACCCAAAGCCGUACCUGCGCUGGUCGGAUGAAAGGCAGCUUCUUCAACCCACCACAAGUCUGAGGCACAGCGAGGACUCGUCCGGUCUUCAGUCCGUCCACAGUUGGCUUCUCGUCACCAGCUCUUCUGAGGUUUCCUGCUCAGUAGGCAUCUCCGACAAAGAGCCAAAAGAGGCAAGAGUGCGCCUGAAAAGCCCUCCUCCAAGUGAGCCUAAAUCCUCCCCAGCUGGAUGGGUGUGUUUUGCUUUGCUCCUCGCAGCCACUGUGGUGUCACUUGGAGUCUUGUACUGGAAACAGAGAUCUAAAGGGAAGGAACCCACAGCUGAUGGUAAACCUGCUGACGAGACUGUCCCCCUUUUAAAAACAGACGCAGAAUGGAUCCCAUCACAUCGUCUAUCAGAAGAAAUCAAGGAUAAAUACGUAAAUGUCACGCUUCAGGCGGGAAAUCCUCAUCUCAAAAUCAAGGACAGUCUAGUUAGAGACGGUGAGGGUCCUUUUCCUGAUGGAGACGCAGUCACCUGUCUCACAGCUGUCACAGGAACACCUGGCUUCUCUUCUGGAAAACACUACUGGGAGGUUUCUUUAAGGCAAAAUGAUGCUGUACCUCUGAAAAAGUCCUGGUGGGUAGGAGUUACGAGUAGAGCUGACACCCCCCUGAAGUCUGAUUUCCCUCCGACCACAUCUGGUUACUGGUUCCUGUCCUCUUCCCCCGAUGGACUCCGGUUUAACACAGAACCACGCGCUUUGCUGCCCUUCAGCUCCACACUCCGGACGAUCGGUGUGUCUCUGGAUCACGACCGUGGAGAGCUUUCCUUUUACAACGUGGAGGAUGGUUGUCUCAUCAGCAGUUUGACAACCACCUUCAAAGGGGACAUCUUUCCAUUGUUUAAUCCUGGUAAAGGCGACCAAUCAGCUAUGAAGGUAUUACAGAGGGAAGAACCGAGGGAAGAACCAGACAUGCCGUUAUCUGUAGAAUGGAAACAGAUGAACACUCCUGUAGUUCAGGACUGACUGACUGACUUUAUUUCAUUCUUUUGAGUAACCUAAAAGUAGAAAUGUAGGCUUUCAUGUGCAUUUAUACCGUAUUAGUAAAGGCUUUCAUGUGUUUUUAUGCCCUAUUAUUAAGUAUACACUGACAUUUAUACAAAUUUCCUUUAUGCACUAAUUAUGAUCAUUUUUUAUGGUGCUUGUGCCGUGUGACUCCUAUUUUUGGAAUGUGAAUACAUUUUAAGCCUUAGUUAUUUACAUGAUACACAACUAUAUGUUCUCUUGGCUUUUGGUUAUUUUGAUCUUGUAACGUUACAGUAAAAACACUCCGAACAGAAAUACUGCACUAGUGACUCUACAAGUAGGACGUGGAGGAUCUAUGUGAUAACAUUUCUUAUUGUUUAUAUUGUUAUUCCAGCUCAAACUCCAAACCAAAUGUGCUUGUGAGGGACAGAAUAAUAAUAUUGAAACCUCUCUGCAGAUGUGGUGUCAAUCUUUAGAAUCCAACUCUGUGCAAAGAAAGUGAUGAAUCCACAUUUCAUUUGGUAUUUUUCUGUAAACACAGGCUUUCAUGUGCAUUUAUACCCUAAUAAGUAUACACUGACACUUAAACAAAUUUCAUUUAAACAUUAAUUCUAAUCAUUUUUAAAGUUAUUAUUUCUUGUGCUGUGUGACUUUUUGUGGCUUUUGGUUAUUUUGGUCUUGUAACGUUACAGUAAACAAACCACAAACAGAAAUACUGAGUCAACACAAAUCUGUGAUGGCAGCAUCGACAUCGAGACGCUGGUCACAAAGUGACAAUAACACGACUCUGGCAGCGGCACUAAGUUAAGUUUAACAUACAUGUUGGCAUCUGGAAACCCUCAUUGGUGUCACCCGCUCUGCAGAGAGGGUGAUUGGCUGCAAUCUGCUGUCUCUGCAGGACUCCUGUACUACGUUGCUCUGUUGCCCAUUGUCCAUUAUUGUAGUGUCAGCUGUCAAAUUCUAUGUAUGUCUGACAUAGGAGCAGGAAUACGACGGAUCAACUAUUUUUCUUCUUCAUAUCCACUAUCUGUUCAGUUUGAUUUUUUUGACCUACUUUUUUUAGAUGAUACACAACUAUGUUUUCUUGGUCUUGUAACGGUACAGUAAACAUGUGCAUAUUUUGGCAUCUGGAACAAAGCAAACCGUGACCAAAUAUCGUUAAUUAAGAUGUGUGUGACUCAGCUUUUUUAAUAAAUUCAAUCAAUAGAGAA